AGCAUGAUUCUGUUUCAGCAGAGCCUCAGCUUCACUUCAGGGUUGCUCUUACUGGCAGUUACAAGAUGUUAUGGUAAACUGGUGUGUAAAGAAGACAGAAGUGGUCCGACUCACGAUUCCAUGCAGGCUGUGUUUGACAUGCAGCCCUUCAGGCCAGCUGUAAAUCUCAGUAACCCCACCAUCGCCAACAUCUCCUUCACGCUGUACGCUGUCCUUGGAGUGAAUGAAAAGGCUCAGUUACUCACUACGUUUUUGUGGCUCAGACUGUUCUGGCACAACGAGUAUUUAGUUUGGGAGCCUGAGGAGUGUGACGGUGUCACCAGGAUUUCUCUCCCUGUCAAAGAGUUGUGGUCUCCAGACAUCAUUGUUUAUGAGUUUGUGGAUGAUGAUGUUUCCCAGGCGUGUCCUUACGUCUACGUGAACCACACAGGACACAUUCGCUGGGACAGGAUGCUGCGGCUUGUCUCAGCCUGCAACCUGGAGAUCUUCAGCUUUCCUUUUGAUGUGCAGAACUGCACAUUCACAUUUGGCUCCUACAUGCAUACAAUACGUGACGUGAGAGUCAGUCCAGCUCUGACUUUUAGCGAGAUGUCAGAAAACUCAAAGCAAUACCUGGAAGCCAGUGGAGAGUGGGAGCUGGUGGAAAUACUGGGGGAGACGUCCAUCCUGCAGUUUGGGAUCGACGAGUGGGACAUCAUCACCUUUUGGGUGGUCAUAAGGCGGCGCCCGGUGCUCUACGUGGUCAACCUGCUGAUCCCGAGCUCCUUCCUCAUGCUCAUUGACAUUCUGUCCUUCUACCUGCCCCCCCACAGUGUGGACCGGGCCUCCUUCAAAAUGACCUUGAUCCUGGGUUACACUGUUUUCCUGCUCAUUAUGAACGACCUGCUGCCCAGCACAGCUAAUGGGACGCCCCUUAUAGGUAUCUAUUUCUCCGUGUGUCUGGCUCUCAUGGUCAUCAGUCUCCUGGAGACGGUCAUCAUCACCAACGUCCUCCAUCACAGCUCCAUGAAGUAUAAGGACGUUCCAAACUGGGUUAGAGUCAUUGUCCUCAAAUAUAUCGCAACCAUGAUCUGCUACCGGUGGCCCGAAGGUGUUUCUCCCACUCUUAAAACACGAGAAGACAAACCUGAGAGUUCAAACGGCAGCACAGGCGCGUGGGUCAUCCAGCCAGUCAGCCAAGCAGCCGACAGGCGCCGAACCUACAACGGAGACACAGUUUCUCUGCCCGAGCUGCAGCUGAUCUGUCAGUACCUGAAGGACCUCCACGCACAUCUUCUGUCGGUGCAGAAGGAGAGCGAGCUGCUGGACCAGUGGUGUCAUGUAGGAUACGUCCUCGACUUCCUGCUCUUCCGCAUCUACCUGCUUCUGAUCAGCUGCUACGCCAUGGUCAUUAUCACCAUGUGGUGCAUCUGGAUCAGUCAGACCUAACUGAACACGGAUCAAAUGUGUCAAAUAAUCACAACCUGAUGUAAGGUGUAUUUAUUACAAAUAUACUCAGACUUGGUUUCCUGAGAUAGUGAUGGAGUUUGUGUUUGUUGUUGAAACUGUAUGUAUUUUGUGUUUUAAAGUUAUAAUAUGUGCAGCAGUUAUAAAAAAAAAAAAUACAUUUUGAUUAACAGAAAAUUGUGAUUGAAGUCAAUUUCUCAUUUGUUUUAAAGUUUAUUUUGUCAGAAAGUUCUUAACUGUUACCUUUUUUUUCCUAUGUACUCUUAUGUACCAUCCAUACUUUAGCAAACACAUUUAUAUGUAUAUCAGCAUGUCAUGUAGAAAUAUGCCAUGAAUAAAUGACAUUAUUUAUUUAGCAAUUUUUGCUGUUAACAUCAUUUAAAUAAAAUAUGACAAUAAUAUAAAA